AUGGCGGGAAAAGAGGAUGAAGUUUUGUUUCGUGAGUUAAGGAAUCCGGACGAUUACGAGCUCACAGGAGGGCCUAAAGAAGAGGAAGAAGAAAGUGUGAGACUGGAGAAGAAAUUUGAAGAAGACAAAGGUGUUGGGAAGGAAGAGAAUGUAGAGGAGAAGAAGCACAAUGAUGAGAAAACAACCUCAAGUCCUAGUGAGACUAGUAAUCUAGAUGAGCCAGUUCCUUUUCCCAGUUCGCUUGCGGAGAGAAAGUUGAAUGAUAAAUUUGCAAAAUUCCUUAGUGUAAUGAUGAACUUACACAUAAGUCUCCCUUUCAUCGACGUUGUUACCCCAAUGCCUUCCUACUCUAAGUUUCUCAAGGAUAUCUUAACCACCAAGAGGAAGCUUAAUAACGAGCUCAUUACCCUCCCUCAUCAAGUUAAUACACUCAUUCAACACAAGAUGCCAAAGAAAGAGAAGGACCCGGGAAGCUUUACUUUACCAAUUAAGAUUGGUAACAUGGAACCUAGGGGUGCCUUUGCGGAUUUAGGAGCGAGUGUUAGCUUAAUUUCCCUCCCCAUUGAACAAAAUCUCAAAAUUAAAAUGAUUCCCACAAGAAAAAUAAUUCAACUAGCCGACCACUCGGUCAAACUUCCUUUUGGUGAACUUGAAGAUGUUCCUAUUAAAGUUGGGCAUAUCUAUGUGCCAUGUGAUUUUGUAGUGAUGGAUAUGGAGGAAGAUGUUGAUACUCCUUUAAUCUUGGGUCAUGAAGCUCUUAAAAUUUUGGGGGUAGUCAUCAAUUGCAAGAACAACACCAUUACAUGUGUGGUGGCCGAUGAGAAGAUUGUCUUUGAGUUCUCCAUGUUACUCAAGACCCCAUGGUUGAGAAAUGCUACCGAGUUAAUGUUGUUAAUGAGGAGUUGGAUCGUUUGGGGAGGGUAUUGA